AUGGGUAUUCCGCGUCUGAAAGGACACCUUUUACGGUAUGAAGAAACUGUCUGGCUGGGGGAUUCGACUCCCAAUAAUGGAGAGAAUACCAGAAAAAUCACAUCCGUGGUAAUCGAUGGCCCUGCUCUCGUCUACCAUGCCUACUACAGUGUGUUGGCGACUAUGGAACAGCAUCUCAAUCCGUUUUCCGCGCAACCUUCUAGCGACGAAGUAAGCACCGGAGUAAUGAAGAUUUUACUCCAUCUGCGGAAUAUUGGUGUCACGGUAGAGAAAAUCUACUUUGACGGGGCACUCCCGGAAUCAAAGCGUGAGACACGCAUAGAGAGAAUGAGGAAACUGGCUUCGAAGCUCGAGCUGGCCUGUCUUGCUAAGGAACGCGGGUUUAAAAGUGGCACUGCUCAGCGGAGCCGGGCGAGGCCUGAUACUGAGAUAUUCUUCAGCCGGCGUUCAAUGAACCCGAAAUUUUAUGACCUACCCGACAACCCGCUUAUGGUUGCUACGGUAGUAGAGGAUCUGAAAUACCGGUGGGACUGGGAGUCUAUCAGGUUGUAUAACCAUGGCAGCAUAGAAGGAGUUUCCAACCUUACAGAACGUCCGUGGGCGGAUAUAACAGAAGUUGUUCUCGGAGAGGCUGAUAUCUACUGUGCGGAGACUGCACGAGAACGUGGCUCCGCUGUGCUUACCGGGGACUCGGAUCUUCUCGUACAUGAUCUAGGGCCCAGGGGUUCGGUGAUAUUCCUCGACUCAAUCGAGAGAUAUGAAGUCUCGGGGACCAAGAAUGGACUGCUACCCUUGGGUUUACGAGCGACUGAAAUGUGUCCUUGCAAAAUUGCCAAACAGCUGGGGGUGAAGAGCCUUCAGAGAGUGGGGUAUGAACUGAAAAGGGAUCCGUAUAUGAAAUUAUCCAUGAUCACAGAGCUGGCCAAGUCUGAUGACGAGAAAAAAGAGACGAGCUCUUCGUACAUCGCGUUUUUGAACGAGUAUACAUCUUGUGCUUACCGGGCGUCUGAAGAGGACAGCAAAGAGUUUCCUCUUCUUGAUUCAAAAGUAUCAGAACUGGUAGCUCAGUAUUACCAUCCCGGGUUUAGUCCAGAUGGCGACGUGCUGUACUCUUAUCUGCCAGUCAUGAUAGAGAAACACGGUCGGCGGUGCGCCUGGGCGGAAGCGACCGAUAUCAGGACCAUCGCUUAUUCUAUAUUCAAUUUAUCGUUCCUCGAAGGGAAGAGGAGGGUUACAGUCCGCGAGCAUUCGCGGAGAGGGGAGAGAAUAGCUUCAACGUCCGUCUCCCUGUUGAGCGAAGAAGACCUUGCACCGCUAGCUGAAGAUUUACUUGAGCAGUUAAACUCGCUCCUAUCCUCAGUAAAAGAUCAAGAGCUCUCCUCCAUUCCUAAACAUCGUGCAAUGAAGAACUUCUUCAAAGUGGGUUAUGCUGGAGAGAUGUUGAAAUGGGACGACAUUCACCUGCGAGCGCAAAUAUUAUGUACCCUCUACUCCCUGAGAAUGCUAAAACAGUUUUUGCAAGUUUCGUCGCUCAGUGGCGGCGCAAGGGUGCAGCGUCUACGGAAGCAGCUUCUCGAUGUGUUAUCUGAAUUACCUCCUUUGAGGAUAUUGUCUGAUGCUGGGAUCGGCUUCAGCGGUACUAUAGAGAGCCAUGACAAGGACAUAAGUCAUAUUAUCAAUGUUAUGUUUGAGCGACUAGGAGGAGACCAACAUCAGGAAAAGAACGAUAGGGUACAACCUGAAGACGACGGACAACCAUAUCUGUCAAACAAUAAGAAGAGAAAGAGGGAAAAGAAAGGGCUCAAUCUCCCACCCGCAGCCCGCCAGCGACCAAUACCUAGCAGGAACAUGUAUGAUAUUCUACAAGAGGAGUAA